UAUUUGUUAGAGUUUGAAAGGCUUUAUUAGUUGGUUUGACUUUACCUGCUUGCUGCAAGUUGUUCCCACUUGACACUCACAGUUUUCUAUUUCCCACAGCCAAAGCUGUGGCUAUGUCUGUGUAAAGUACUCAAAACAAAGCUGCACCGUGUGUCCUUUUGAGAGGAUAUACCGAUUCUGAGAGACAGUGAAGCUUUUUUCAAUUUAGAAUUCAUGGGUUCGUGCUUUAGUGUUAAAAUCAAAGCUGAGAGUCCUCUUCACGAUGGUAUCCUAGCUCGCUGUUUCAGGGUGAGUUCAACAUGUGGUCAAAAAAUUGGGAAUGAUUUGAGCUGUUCAAACAGCAAAAUCUCAUCUGUCUCGGUGCCUUCAACUCCUCGGACAGAGGGCGAGAUCUUGCAGUCCUCCAAUUUGAAAAGUUUCACCUUUAACAAUCUCAAAACAGCCACCAGGAAUUUCCGUCCUGACAGUGUAUUAGGUGAAGGUGGUUUUGGUUGUGUCUUCAAGGGAUGGAUCGAUGAGAAUUCAUUUACAGCUGCCAAGCCUGGGACUGGCAUAGUUAUUGCCGUGAAGAGGCUUAACCAAGAAGGUCUCCAGGGUCACAAGGAAUGGUUGGCAGAAAUCAACUACCUGGGGCAGCUUUAUCAUCCUAAUCUGGUGAAAUUGAUCGGUUACUGCUUAGAGGAUGACCAACGGCUUUUGGUGUAUGAAUUCAUGCCUCGGGGCAGCUUGGAGAAUCAUCUGUUUAGGAGGGCUUCUUACAUUCAACCACUUUCUUGGAACUACCGUAUGAAGAUUGCACUUGGUGCUGCUAAGGGUCUAGCAUUCCUUCACAGUGAUGAAGCAAAAGUCAUUUAUCGUGACUUCAAAGCUUCUAAUAUCCUGUUGGAUUCCAAAUUUAAUGCAAAACUCUCAGAUUUUGGGUUGGCCAAGGAUGGUCCAACAGGUGAAAAAAGCCAUGUCUCUACAAGGGUCAUGGGAACCUAUGGGUAUGCAGCUCCCGAGUAUAUGGCCACAGGUCAUUUAACUACCAAAAGCGACGUUUACAGUUUUGGGGUUGUGCUCCUAGAAAUGAUAUCUGGUAAACGAGUAAUGGACAACAACAGGCCACCAGGGGAACAAAAUUUAGUUGAGUGGGCCAAGCGUUACCUUACCAGCAAACGAAAAGUUCUCCAUGUUUUUGAUGCUCGUAUUGAAGGCCAGUAUUCAUUUGGUAUAGCACUGAAAGUAGCCAACCUUGCAAUUCAAUGUUUAUCAGUAGAACCCAGGUUCAGGCCAAACAUGGAUAAGGUCGUAAGAAUAUUGGAGCAACUUCAGGACUCCAAUGACGUUGAUGGUUCUGGAAAUGAAAUCAGCCCCACUAGCAAUUCAAGCAAUGGUCCGAAGCAUCACAGCCAACCUUGCAAUUCAAGUGUAAAUGAAGCUUCUAAUGAGACAGCUGCUUCUUCUCCUGGGCCAUCCGCUCCUCACCUUCAAACAUAAAAGAAGAAAAAACAUUCCACACAUAUAUAUAAUGCUAUAGCCUUAACCUAUACUACAUUUAUUCAUUCAAAGGAAAGAAAAGGAGAGGGGGGGGGGGGGGUGGUUAUUUGGAUGAAUACCAUAUCUUGUGCUCAGAGUAUGUAUACCACUGUUGAUUAUUGUACAGUUUUUGUUUAGUUAAUGAUAUUAGAACAACAUUUCUUUGACUCA